AUGGACAAUGCGCCGUACCAUUCAACGUUGCUCGAAAGAAUACCAAAUGCAAGUUGGAACAAAGUUUCUCUGAUAAAUCGGUUAAAAGAAAGGAAUAUAAAGGUUCCAAUGCCUAGUAUGAAGUUGGAACUGUUAGAAAUUGCCAAGAAACAUGGACCAGACAAAGUAUACAGAUUAGAUAGAUUAGCUCUUUUGCAUGGCGAUGGUGUGUUGAGACUGCCUCCAUAUCAUUGCCAGUUCAAUCCAAUUGAACUUGUUUGGUCGGAGUGUAAACGGUAUUAUGAUGCAAAAAUAACUUCGGCAGAACAUAUUACUGCAGAUACUGUAAUUAGUGUUUGGAACGAAUCUCUUCAACAGAUUACACCAGAAAAAUGAAAGAAGUAUAUAGACCAUACCAGAAAAAUUAUUGCUGAAUAGUGGGAGACUGCAAAAAUCAUUGAUGCAAGUAAUAUCUCUGCUGUAA